AGCUGCUCGGGCGUUCGUCGCCUGCGCAGAUCCGUUGGUGGCUCCAUCUUCGUCUUCACUCCCCUCGCCCCGCUCGCUCUCUGCCCGCCGCCUGCAGGAGGGACGGGGGGGGUGUCGCUGCUCUUCAUAACGAGGUCAGAGGCGAGGGUCCGCCUUGAGUUACACCCGAGACUCUCAGAGGGAGGAUCGUGGGGAGUGAAAUAGGAGCGUUGGAGAACGAGCAGGAGAAGAAGGGAGGAGGAGGAGAAGGACAACCACGACCAUGCACGGAACUCGAGAUGGAACCCGUACCAAGGAGAAGAAGCGGCCCAAGCUGGACAUGGUGUUUGUGAGGAGGUUUGGAAAGUAUGGAUCCAUCCUUUUUCCAAACGUCACGUCUACAAGCUCCCUCAUGUUUGCCACGCUGUUGGUCAUCGGCCUAAUCGGGCAGCUGAUCAUUUAUCAGGUGGGCGUCAUCCCAAGCCAAUUCUACGAGAUCCUGGGCAGCAAAGACUUUCCUAAGUUCAAGGGGCUGGUCGCCAUCGCUGUUAUCCUCAUUGCUAUCAACUCAUUCCUGAAGAGCUGUGACCAGUACGUGUCAAGCCUUCUGUACCUCACCUGGAGACGAAGUGUCACCGAGCACCUGCACGAUCUCUACUUCCGCGGACGGGCCUACUAUAGGCUCAACACGCUGCAGGAUGCUCUCGACAACCCGGAUCAGAGAAUCAGCCAGGACGUGGAGAGGUUCUGCAAGCAGCUCAGCCUGAUGGCCAGCAAGCUGCUGAUAUCGCCGUUCACUCUGUGCUACUAUACAUAUCAGUGCUUCAUCAGCACAGGCUGGAUCGGUCCCGUGAGCGUGUUCGCCUACUUCCUCGUGGGCACGGUGACCAACAAGCUGCUCAUGGGGCCGAUCAUCUCCACUCUUGUCGCUCAGGAGAAGAUGGAGGGAGACUUCCGGUUUAAGCACAUGGAGAUCCGAGUGAAUGCUGAAUCGGCUGCUUUUUACAGGGCCGGGAGAGUGGAGCACACUCGCACCAAUGCCCGUCUACACCGCCUUCUCAGCACCCAACAGACGCUCAUGAACAAGGAGUUCUGGUUGUACCUGGCGGUGAAUAUGUUUGACUACAUGGGCAGCAUCCUAAGUUACGUCGUCAUCGCCAUCCCAAUUUUUGCCGGCGUCUACGACCACCUGAGCCCCUCCGAGCUCAGCGCACUCGUCAGCAAGAAUGCUUUUGUAUGCAUCUACCUCAUCAAUUGCUUCAGCCAGCUGAUCGACCUGUCUAGCAAGCUGUCAGAUGUGGCUGGAUACACGCACAGGAUUGGAGAGCUGCAGGAGGUAUUGCUGGAGCCGACAGAUGCCCCCAACGAUAAGUGGGAUCCAACCCGGGAGGCAUCGUGGGAUUUUGAGAGCUGUCAGUGUGAGAGAUGCAACACGGAGGGGAUGGAGGCAAGGCCCCUGGCAAGCGCCACUAAGCUGAGCGUCAUUGAGGCGUGGGACGAGGUGGCGAAGGACGCCUUUGUGCUAGACUGCGUGUCCUACAGCACUCCCUCUGGCACCGAAGCUCUCGUGCAGGACCUGUCUCUCCAGGUCGCCUGGGGCCAGAACAUCCUGGUGGUGGGAAACACGGGCACGGGGAAAACCACGCUCCUCCGUGUGCUCAACGGCCUAUGGCCUACCCUAAAAGGUUCUGUCCACAUGAGGACCUGCUUUGGGCCACGGGGAAUUAUCUUCUUGCCGCAGAAGCCUUACUUCACUGACGGGACCCUCCGUGAGCAGGUCAUUUACCCAUUGAAGGAGAUGUACCCUGUUACUGAUUUUGAUGACAAGAGGAUUUUACACUUUCUGGACUGCGUCGGGCUGUCGGCCCUCCUGGACAGGACUGGUGGCCUUGACCAAGAAGUGGACUGGAGCUGGUCCGAUGCCCUUUCUCCUGGAGAGAUGCAGAGACUGACUUUCGCAAGGCUCUUCUACCAUCAGCCAACCUAUGCAGUCCUGGACGAGGCGACGAGUGCGCUGACGGAGGACGUGGAGGGAGAGAUGUACCGCAUGUGCAAGCAGCUGGGCAUGACGGUGCUUAGUGUGGGCCACCGCAGCAGCCUGGAGAAGUUCCACGACUCCAUUUUGAAGUUGUGCGGCAAGGGACGGUGGGAAUUGCAGACUCUGUUCCAUGACCCCAGGUGAUGGCAGUCUCCUGCUGGAUUUUGUGCGGUCAGUUAAUUGCUGACCGAGACCAAGGGAUUCAUGUUUACGGAUCAAAUUUGCUUUGUCUUUAAGAGAGAGAGAAAAAACUAAAUCGCGUGCAUUGAAGAUUUACAUGUUGUGUGUAUAUCAGUAUGAUUGCUGAUCAAGACUAAUGGACUUGUAUUUGCGAAUCAAAUUUGCCUUGUUUUUAAGAGAGAGAAAAAACGAUUGUUUGCAUUGAAGACGUUCGUGUCAUAUGUAUGUAUGUAUGUUGAACUUCGUUCGCACCGUACAUAGCCAACCGAGCUAAUCGGAGCUGCAGGGGAAGGACAACAAACUAAACACAAAAGCAACAUUUUGUGUCUCCCUGCGUGUGU